CGAAUCGUUUACGAACGAACGAAUCACCACACAGUGAAAGCUCGCUUCUUCGUACACUUGGACGUGUAGCAGGAUUUGCUGUUACAAUGUCGGCGCUGAAGAGAGUCAUAUGGCCCCAAAUCAUUCUGUUCGGCGACUCAAUAACACAGUUUGCGUUUCAAGCGAACGGAUGGGGAUCUGAACUCUGUCAUAAACUCGAGAGAAAAUGCGACGUGAUAAACAGGGGCUUGUCGGGUUACAAUACACGGUGGGCUAAGAUUGUGCUCCCUCGCAUUGUACCCGUUUCUGAUGCUCCUAUAUCGGCGGUGACUGUGUUUUUCGGUGCUAAUGAUUGCGCUCUGGAAGACAAGAACCCGACGCAGCACGUGCCUCUCCAGGAGUUCUCAGAGAAUUUAAAAGACAUUGUGAGAUUUCUGGUUUCUAAAGGAGUGUCCAAUGACAAGAUCAUCUUCAUCACUCCACCACCUCUUCUAGAAGCCGACUGGGAGAAAGAGUGCUUGCUGAAAGGUUCACCUUUGAAUCGGUUGAACUCUGUGGCUGGUCAGUAUGCGCAGGCCUGCGUUCAGGCAGCUGGACAGUCUGGUGUGGAUGUUCUGGAUCUGUGGACACUAAUGCAGAAAGAUGGACAGGAUUUCUCGGUGUAUCUUUCGGAUGGACUACAUCUGUCUGAUAAAGGCAAUCAGUUUGUGGCAGAACAUUUAUGGACACUUCUAGAGAGGCGAGUGGCCGAUUUGCCCUUCAUUCUGCCUUAUUGGGGAGACGUGGACCCGAAAUGCCCCGAGAGCAGCUUACUGUGUGACUAAAACUCAGGUCAAAUGAUGCACAAAGGAUAUAAAACACCAAUGUGUUCCUAUUGUUUACAUUUAGACAUGUUUGAAUAUGAUGAAGAUCGUGAAAGGUUCAGCCACCAUUUCCUCUUAUCCUUUUUCAACAAA